CUGGAGACUGCAGCGAGUGGCGCUGCGCGGAACGCAGCUGCGUUCGCCCGCCCCGUGAGCCCGCGAGCUGAGCCAGGCCGGGGCGGCCCGACCUCUCCUGCCCAGUUUGGGUUAGAGGAAGCCGGAAGCGGCCUCAGCAAGGUGAACCGCGCGAGGCUGCAGAGGACCGAUCAGAACGUUGCAGAGUUUGGGAUGUGCCGGGCCAGGUCGCUGAGGACUUGACUCACCUCUUCUCCCCUCCCUUUCCCUCCGCCUCCUCCCGCCUCCCACCGUCCAGUGGGCUUGUUCCGGGCCUCCAGCUGUCAGGCCCCGAUUUCGUGCCUGGGAGUGGCAACCCCGAUUUCUGUUUGCGUGCACAGCCAGCAGCCCGAGGACCAGAUCCUAAAGCUGGAUAUCUUUUGACUCGGCUGCUAGUCCGGACCUCAAAGUCCUGAGUGCGGGCCGCCGAGCCGAGGCCCGAGCGAGUCCUCAAGCGCCAUGGACGACCGGCAGGCUGGCUUGGAGGCGGCGGCCGGGGAAUGGGAAAUCGACGCCACCGAGGACAAGAAGGGGAUUUCUGGAAAACAGAAUAAUUUCGAGCGCAAAGCUGUUUACCAGAGGCAAGUCAGAACACCCAGUUUGCUGGCCAAAAGCAUUUUAGAAGGUUAUCGCCCAAUUCCAGCAGAGACUUAUGUAGGAGGGACCUUCCCUCUGCCUCCCCCAGUUAGUGACAGGAUGAGGAAAAGAAGAGCUUUUGCUGAUAAGGAGCUGGAGAACAUUAUGCUGGAGAGAGAAUAUAAAGAGAGGGAGAUGUUGGAAACGUCCCAAGCUGCUGCCUUGUUCCUGCCCAACCGCAUGGUUCCUGGACCUGAGUACAACUCCUACAAAAGUGCCUGCAGCUCCAGCCCAGUGGACCCGUCAAGCAAGGACUUCUGCAACUUUCUGCCCACCUGCCUUGAUCUAACCAUGCAGUAUUCAGGGUCUGGAAAUAUGGAACUAAUUUCUUCCAAUGUCAGUGUGGCCACGACUUAUAGACAGUAUCCCUUGUCCUCGAGAUUUUUAGUUUGGCCCAAGUGUGGCCCCAUUAGUGACACUCUCCUCUACCAACAAUGCUUGCUAAAUGCCACCACCUCAGUUCAAGCCCUGAAGCCUGGGACUAACUGGGACUUGAAGGUAGCACGAGUCCAGGAUGGACUCAGUGCAGAGCAUGACAUGAUGCCCCCGAAAUUAGAAGCCUCCCUGGUGCUGCCUCAUGCUCCAGAGGUCCAGACCUCGAGAAAUGACCUUCAGGGUCACCAGACUGUCCCUGAGAGGUCUGCAUUCUCCCCACCCCAACGGAAUUUUUCUCCCAUUGUUGACAUGGACUCCCUGGCAGCUCAAGGGCACGUCUUAACCAAGAUCAGCAAAGAAAACACCAGGCACCCUCUGCCACUUAAACAUAAUCCAUUCCACUCCUUAUUCCAGCAAACGCUUAAUGACAAAUCAUGUCCUGAGUUGAAAACACCAUUUGUCAAAGAGGCCUUUGAAGAGACCUCGAAGAAACACAGAGAGUGUUUUGUCAAGGAGAACCAGAAGUACACAUUUACAAUAGAUAGAUGCGCAAAAGACCUUUUUGUAGCCAAACAAGUUGGAACAAAACUCUCAGUGAAUGAACCGCUGUCAUUUUCUGUUGAGUCUAUUCUUAAGAGGCCUUCGUCUGCCAUCACUCAUGUCUCUCAGUGAAAGACUGCUUACACAGAAAGCUGGAUUUUCUGCAGUCUCAGAGAGUUUCUGUCAUUCGCUAACUUUUUUUAAAGUUAAAAUGUUUGUAUAAAGAAAUUUCUAAUGUAAAUGAUGAUUUCUAAAAAUUCUAUAUAUUCAUAUGCAUGUACUUUUUUUAUCACAUAAAUAUAUUUAAACUUAAAGAUUGCCCAAUGUGCAAAUUGUAAAGUUCCAUGCUCUACACAGCAUUUCAAAAGCAAUAAAAUUGACACUGUCUUCUAAAAUCCCAGUAUUUGCU